UAAGAUAUUUCAGGCAUGCCUCUUACGUACUGUAAACAAGUGAUAACAAACACCAAUGACAAAUUUGUUAAGCUGCAUCCUUUAAUUAACCUUGUCCAUCCAUCAGCUGUAUUGAAAUUGUCUUUUAUGUUCAGAUGCGGGCAAUCCAGUUUACAUGUAUGAAUUUGGAUAUCGUGCUGCCGUGCACAAAGGCUCCAGACCCACUUUCGUGAAGGCAGAUCAUGGUGACGAUGUCGGCUUUGUGUUUGGUGGAUGUUUCUGGAGUGGAAUUGUAAAAAUGAUUGGAAAUAUUACCACAGAGGAUGAACAACAUUGUUUAACGAUAAUGAAAUACUGGGCCAAUUUUGUCCGUGCUGGUUCACCCAAUGGGCCAGGCCUGGUCGCUUGGCCUCAGUAUGACAGGCAGAAGCAGGAGUACAUGGAGCUUGAUGUGAAACAAACUGUUCGACAAAAACUGAAGAAGGAUAGAGUCCAUUUUGCAACGGUCAUUCUCCCUCAGAAAGUGGAAAUGUUAGCUGCAACAGCCAUAUCUGGAAACUGAACUCUAAAAAUGGUUGCUUUGUGUCUAUUGCUACUACUUCAAGGAUGGAGAUUGUUUUACACCUCUGCCUCAAAUGAGUGGCAUGACCCCUUAUAACCUUUGAGUAAUGAUUACCGUACUAGAGUAUGU